ACUCGCUGCCGUUGUACCUGCGGCGCCAUGUGAGCCUCGGCUUCAACCAAGACGACGUGACAGCGCUGCUUAGCUCCAUCGACUCGAGCCAAGCGCGUAAUGCACCAUUGCAAAGAACAACGACAGCGACAACGACGACGUCAGCAGCGAGACCGGCGCUAGCACAAUUGCCUGCAGAGCUCUUACUGCAGAUUGUCGAGCAUGUACCUGUGGACUAUUUACUCGACUGGCGGCUUGUGUGCAGGGGAUUCCGCGAUGCAAUUGACGGACAAGUGCUGUAUCACUGCUUGCGACGCACACGGUUGCUGGGGUACAUGGGGAGCCGGCACUCGCGGGCAAUGGAGUCGCUAGACGACGACGAAGACUACGCUGCGAUUCACCUUCUCGAAGCGCGGUUUGAACGCAUAGAGACAGGCGCAAGCGCAAGUGGAGACGACGACGACGAUGACAACGACCAGGCAACCGGCAGGCCGAUAUGGAGCGGGAGCCACGCCGUGUUCCGCGUCGACGACGAGUGGUACCGCCAGUUUCAUCGAGUGGGCGGGGCACAAGACCGCCAGGGCAACACGAUUGACGAUGCGGAUGCGCGGUGGUCGCGCACGCUGGACCGGCUGGAGCUGCGGCGCCCAGAAGAAGGAUUCGGCACGUUGCGCUGGUGCAUUCGGCUCGACCAUGCAGUCCUGGAUUUGGACUUUCCCGCUGAAGCAGACCGCUUGCACUUUGAUGUCCGUGUCAAUCUUGCUACGCGCUGCGUGCGAGUCGCAUGGAGGGAUAUGCUCGUUCGCUUCCUCAAGACGGAACGGGCGUUGCGCUUGAUGCUGGAUGAGAAACGCACCCACCAGCGCUUCACCUUCAGCCACGCAGAAGACUGCCUCCGCGACCUCCGCCGCAAACGCCUCGCCGCAGCCCUAAGUCCGCACAGCAAAGUCGAUCGCCACAUCCGCUGGUCGCUGCGCCUCCUGCACCCGCUCUUCGGCUGCCCGCCAAACGAACACACCAUGACGCUCGAAAACGUCGAAAACGACGCCGUCCACAUGCUCCUCCUGCUACGUCGCGCCGCCUCGCUGUCCGCCGCCCAAGUCGACUACCUACAUGCGCUUGCCAGGGACUAUCGGGCUAUGGAGGCGCAGUUGCGCCGGCUGGAUGAUGCGUAUGCAGAGUUUAAGAGUUAUCUGACUGUACCGGGGUUUCAGAUGAAUAUCUUGUUGCCGGCUAUGGUGACGAAUGCGGGGCAUGUGCCGCGGGAUCCUGUGGCGUGGACGGAUGAGUUGAGGGAGAAGAUUGAGUGUCAGGUGGAGAGGUGGAGGGGCCAGAGGGAUGCGGUGGAGCAGGUUGGUGAGAUACUUGAGGCGAGCAAUGAGGCCAUGGGCGUGCCGGAUGAUAGUUUUGAUGAGCUUGGGAGUGAGUUUUGAUUGUGGUUUACCCUGUGUAUGAGUUUUCUUUUUUCUUUUUUUCUUUUUUCUGCCUUUCGGUAGUUAUGUAUAUAUAUAGACCAGGUUCAACAAACAACUCUCUGCUUUGAGGGGAAAGGAGCGGCUUCGAAAGUAAUUCACGAAGCAAAACAAUCGACAUUGACAUCACAUGGCAAA